AUGACUUCAGUUCUUGAUCAAUUAAAACAAUGGACCACUAUUGUGUCCGACUCAGCAGAUUUUAAAACGAUUAAGCAAUAUGAUCCGCAAGAUGCAACUACAAACCCUUCUUUGGUCCUAGAAGCGACAAAAAAUCCCCAUUAUGAUUAUUUGGUUGACUCAGCCAUCAGAUAUGCCAAGAGCAAGGGAGGGUCCAUCGAGGAAAUGACAGAAGCGGCCUCCGAUAAAUUAUUGGUAAAUUUUGGCGCCGAAAUACUUAAAAUCAUUCCCGGGAGAAUAUCUAUCGAGGUCAAUGCCCAAUUAUCUUUUAACACCGAGGCAACGGUUGUUAAAGCAAGACAACUGAUUGCCCUCUAUAAAGAAAUUGGGAUUGACAAAUCGCGCGUUAUGAUUAAAAUUGCCUCCACCUGGGAAGGUAUUCAGGCGGCGAAAAUACUUGAAAAUGAGGGCAUACAAUGCAAUUUGACCUUACUUUUCUCUUUUACUCAGGCUGUUGCUUGUGCCGAAGCUGGUGUAACCAUAAUCUCUCCAUAUGCCGGUAGAAUUCUUGAUUGGUUUAUGAAAAAUACCAAUAAGACCUAUAAACCCCACGAAGAUCCCGGUGUAAUAUCGGUGACUAAAAUUUAUAAUUAUUAUAAAAAAUUUGGUUAUAAAACCAUCGUAAUGGGUGCAAGUUUUCGAAACGUCGGCGAAAUUGAAGAAUUAGCCGGAUGCGAUUUCUUAACAAUCGGUACGGCUCUAUUAAAUAAACUACAAAAUAGUCAUAAAAAAAUUCACAGAAAGUUGAGUCCUGAAACUGCGCUAGCGCAUUGUUUGGAAUCAAAAAUUACCUACGAUGAAAUGUCCUUUAAAUGGUCUCUAAAUGAAGAUGCAAUGGCUACCGAAAAGCUUUCGGAAGGUAUAAGAUCAUUUGCUAAAGACGGUCGAACUUUAAAUGCCAAUUUAAAGCAAAGGUUGAUGAUUAACGAAGACGUAAAAGUUAAUGAAUUUCUUUCUGAAGAAAUUACUUUUACUGCAAAAAAUC